CUCUAAGUAAAAAAAAUAGAAAAAAAAUAAUAUUGUUAGUAAUAACCAUGUUUUAUAGUUGAAUUUCAAAAGGAAAGCAGAAAAUAUUAUCUUUUUUGUAAACCCAGAGCGAAGAAAAGUUCGUUUUAUAAAUUAAUUAUAAAACAGAAGCAAACACAAACAAUAACAAAAAAAAACUUCUCUUAAAUACUUCAGAAUCAGCAUGCUCCUGAAACACUUUUCUUCUUUUCCUAACUCAAUCGAAAAUUGAAGUAAAAAAGUUUUAUAUAUCAUCACAUUUUCAACAACAAAAAACGUACCUAGUCGAGUUAUAUCUUUCAUUCGAAAACAUAGAUUAGUGGAAUCCAGAUAAAUCAAAUCACCUAAAAACAGUAAUCUAAAUCAUAACUGCAAAGCUUUAAAUUUCCCAAAGACUCAACUAACUCUUUCAUCCGAAGCUUUUCCUUCUUUAUUUUUAGAGCAAAUACUGACAGCAGCCACCACACUACAUGGUUAUCCAUUAUUCUUCGCUCUCCUCAGAGGUUUUGCGGUUUUUUUAGGCCUUAUUUUAUAGACUUUUGUCUCGUUUUCGAAACUAAUAACCUAAACUGAACGGUAACAAGGAUAUCUGUUUUCUCGGAGUGAAAAGUUUAAAUACAGCAACACCAUACCUACCCAAACAGGUUGAAACACGAAAUGUAAUGAAAAACAGAGGAUCAAACUAUUUAUUUGACACAAAUCAACACGCUGAGGAAGUAAGAAUUAAGACUAUUUUAUGCAUAUCAAAUCAUUAACAAAAAAACGAACAUUCAAUCACCCCGCUAUGAAGAGAUGAAGCAUCCUUACUAGAGACAAGACUAUUUGCAGAAAUCAAUCGUGUGUUUUGCGAUAUUACGCAAACUGACUGCGUGUGAUACCGAGUAAAAACAGAAUUGCUUUCUUUCCUUUGCGCAUGAAACGGCUUAAUGACAUAUUGCUUAAAUACUUUUUUCCCAUUCAGAAACCAUGACGAACUAAGAGAAAAUAACGAUUGUUUACGAUGGCUCAUGUGUCGUGAUCCCAGUCAGAGGCUUCGACUUUGAAGGUAGUACUCGAGAUCAGAGAUUUACGAAAUGCUGAGUUUGAACCUCAAGCAAAAGCUUAUGACUGAUUAAUGCGCACGAAAUGCUGUACGGCACAUUGGAUUAGAGAUGAUAUCUGUCGACUUUAAGUUUUGUUUCUGCUCGAACAUGGCAUCGAUAACAGAACAUGGCUUCAAUCACAGAUAAAAAUUUGUAACGCACUCAGUUGAACUUCGAUUGAUUUGAGCUUGUUCUUCAACUGGUGUCACUUGGUAUGAUCAAGUGAAGUCAACAAAAAUAUGUCCGAAAAAAUUCGAUCAGGUUUGAUAGCACUACAAUAAAACCGUUAUUUGAUCCCGGAUAACUAAUGAGUAGAUGGGUGAAACCUCAUUUUAUGUUUCGUAAUUAUUAAUUGAUUGAUAUCGGUUUUUAAUCAGCCUUUUAUUUGUCUGGUUAAAACUUUUCAGAAUUGAAAUCACUAGCAAAAUAACCAAGAUCGCAAUGCCCAUAUUUUUCAUCCCGAAUUUAUUCGUAAUCCUAGUAUUGUAUAGUUCAUCCAUCAUUUGAGCUACUAUGUGCGUAUUUGGUACGGUAGACAUACUUAUGUAAUCACAACUUUAUUCAUACCAGAUUUACCUUUCAAAUCUCAGUUGAAUCAAUUCCAUGCCGUCAAAGAUUACGAAUAUGACAAUAGAGGUUACGUCAUCCAACUCUGAGGCCAAGAAACAAUCACUACACUCACACAAACAAACACUCACAUGCUCAAAGAGUCAAUUACAUCAAAAGCAAUGAAUGCGAAAAAAACAAACUUAAAUUUUAAAAUAAAGUUAUCAAAGAAAAAAAAGCUAGAAAGAAGCCCAAUAACGUCAACUGAAUCUUUUUGGACUUUGCCAGGACCUUGACGUCGCUUCUUUUUGGAAAGUUCAGUUUGAUUGACCCGCUGCUACCUGCGUGGAUUAAAAGUAGAGUGCUGCGUGCAGCCAGCUUAGUACAGUUUCCGUGGAAAAAAAGCGUUCCAGUUGAAAGAUUUCAAAAAUCGAUAUUUUGUUUCAUGAAAGGCCAACAUAUUCAUAAGCAAAUAAAACAUCAACAUUUGAACAACUUUAUCGACUACAUCGCUACACCCUCAUGCGCGAAUCAUGGGUAGGAAAGUUAUUUUCGCUUUUAUCGAGAAGCAACACCUUGUAGCUCUAAUUAAUAUUGUAAAACAAAAUAAUACAAAAAAUGAGAGAACAAUGAAGUAGAUAGACCUUAACAAAUCAUCGCCACACAAAAAAAUUAAUCAAAUUGGCUCUUUACAUAACAAUAGUCAAAUCUCUUUUCUACCCUUUUAUUCAAUCGAACAAACAACAAAAAUUCAAAAAAAAAAUCUUUAGAAUGCUAAUCUUUCGCAUUAAAUUAAGACAAGUGUUCCCCUUUCAUUGAAUUUUAGGUUCGUCAAUCAGAAUAAGACAUGUUUCAAAUCUUUAAACUAAAACUAAUGGAAUAAAAAAAAAGAUCGAGCUGAUUAUUGAUAAGAUAAAUGAAAACGUAAAAGAAGGAUGCGAUAAAUCCGCAAAAAUGCUUUUUUAUAAAUCUUCCAAAAAUAGUGUUUUAGUGAACGAAAAAAAAAAUUAAAAAUAUUUGAAAACCUGCAUGAAGCGAUUGCAAUUCAAUAGCACUUUUUGAUUCUUUGUAAAACAGUAAUCAUUUGAUUACGUCCCUUUUUUUCUUGGUUUUUUUCCCAAUUGAUUGCCGAUACAAGCCGGAAUGUUUUGAAGAAGCGCUAGAGUUGCUAUCAAAGGCAAGUUAAAAUAUUUAAAAAAAAAUCCAAAAUAAACCAAGAUUCUUAUGACUAAAAUGUAUAAAUUAUCUUUAUAGCAACAAAAAAAAGAUGCAAAACAAUACGAAGCGAGAGUGUUUUCUCUUGUCAAAUGAUAGGAGGUUCGCAAUUCGACAAAAAAGCUAACAGCCAUGAAAACAUCAUCCUACUUGAUAAAUUGAGCGCCACGAGUGAUCAAAUUGGGAACAUUUUUUUUUUUCAAGUCUUAUCAAACAACAACUCGUGACGAUACGAGCCAGCCAAAGCAAACUUAUUGUUUGAUUUUCCUACCACAACCCAUACGCUUUAUAAACUUUAAAAUAUACUAAGCACCGGAUGAAAGGAUCGAGACGGGAAAGAACCUUCCGAACAGGAGUUGUAAAUCUGCCAAAGAUCAAAGAUAUAUCUACACAAAAACUAACGCGAACGCAAAUCGGCAACAAUCGUUUAGUUAAGAAACAGAUAGAAAGCUACGUCAGUAUCAGGCUUUCGCCAGAAGUCAAGCAACUACAAUAGCACUGUAAAAAAUAUUGCGACAAAACCCCUUCAUAGCUAUUUUAUUCGUCUUGUUUCGUCGAAAGCAAAUCCAAUUCCACCAGGCCAGUUUAGUUUCAGCAAACAUCUUCAAUCUUCUACGUUGAUACAACUCAAAAUAAGCAGAAUAAAAAAAAAGGAGAACGAUGAAAUAGAAAUGUAGGAAAAUGCUAACCAAGCACCAACAAGCGGCGUAGGGACAUUUUUGUACUUAGUAACAAAAACACAAGGACAAGGAAAACAAACAAUACUGAGCUAUUGUAGUAUUAAAGAGAAAAAAAAACGUUAUAUCAUAAGAAGGCAACACAACAACAAAAAUUACUACACCUUGUAAAUAGCAAUUUCUUCUCGAAACAAGAAAAUAAUAGGCAAAUUAAAAGAAAUGGCAAGCAUGUAAAAUUAUUAACACAAGAUGAAAAUAAUACCAAAGAAUCAUUAAGAAAAAAAAAGAUAUAUUUUUUUAUAUGAAAAGUAAUUAAUUGAUUACAAAAAUUAAUGAUCAUCAAAUCAGGCGUAAUAAAAGUUUUUUACCCGCUUUUUCCAAAAUUUGACAAAACAGAAAAAGAGUAAAACAUGCUGAGAUAAUAUUGUUCUCUUUAAGAGAAUUUGUAUAGUAAAACGGUUUUAUUAAAUCAUAUAAUGUGAUAGUUAAUUAUGUAUUUUUUAGAACAAAGGAAAGAAGAAAAGCGUCCUCUUCCAGAAAAAAACAACUCAUAAAGGUAGCCAGAACAAAACGAACGAACAGAGAAAAAAAAACAAAGUUUCACCAAAAGACGAGCGACGGUUAAGCUACUUAUUAGUAGUUGGGUUCUUGCGUUAGCCAUAAUUUACACCAAGCAGGUUUAUUGCUUUCAAAAAUUUCGUUACCCGAUCACCCAAUUGAUGCUUGUGACGAUCUACAAUGGCACAUGCUGAGGGAAAAUCGCAAAGCUCUCAUAUAAUUCUCCGAUUUAAUACUUUCAGAUCGAUAAUCGCAACAAAUCAAGCCUGAAAGAAUCUUAUCCUAAAAAACAUAACCAUCUAUAGCGGGUCCUAUAGCAAAAUUAUUAAGAAGAAAAUGUCCAUCAACUUUAAACUCGAAGCAACACAAAGACUUUUCUUUCUUCAACUGACUUUAGGAACAACCAAAGUAUAUGGCAAAUGUUUGCUUCAAUGAUUGUGAGAAAAGCAUCGAAGCAUCACUGAAUAGAAUUACUUGUAUUGAUAAACUGCUGAAUACCUGUGUAAAAAAAUACAUCAGUUCUUGGAAGGCUUGACUAUUCAUGCUUCUUGAUACACGAACAGAAACACUCACAUUUAUACUAUUGAAGGGCAGUGUUUUCAACAAUAGUAAUACCCAAAAGAAAAUAAGAAACAACUUCAAUAGAGUAACCAAAGCUGAUAAUACUGUACAACAUUUCUAUUGGAAACCUCAACCUUAAGCUCCUGAAAUAAAAAUCAAAAAAAAAUCCACAAACACACACUAAACACAAACACACAUCCAUACAUCCGCGGUUAGUUUAAAACUUUUUUUGAUAAAACAUAUUGAAAAAAAAAUCGAAAAAAAAGUAUUACAGACGGUUGCGAACGAUUCAAGAAAAUUUGAAAAAAAAUAUUGCUCCUGCCAUACAUUUUUAUAUAAAAAAAAUGAAAUUAAAUAAGAUUUAAAGAGAUAGUCAUACCGCUAAAUGUGACAUAAGUUAAAACAAUUUAGUUAAAACACAAUAAUAUAAAAUUCUAAACAAAUGAAAUAAUGAAUCCAUGAGGAGAAUCAACCACUGUAAGAGUAAACAAACGAUGAAAAGCUUUUUUAAAACAAAAAAAUCAGCAAAAUAUCCUAGAUGCGAGAGAAAAUUUUCAACCACUUAAAGAAAAUCGUAAAACACCACAUAGAAAAGUAAUGAAAAAAUCAAAACAUAGUUGAAGGUUGCCAAAGUGAAAAAAGAAACUAAAAAAGAAGAUUGAGCGAGCAAACAGUAAAACCAAAUAGCAAUGUGAUUAACGUGCACAUGAUUACGUUCAGAACUCCAUUCGGUUCAAGCUGCUGAUUCCGAUCGUAAACACAAAAAAAAUAAUGUCAAAAACAGAUAUUGCAGUUAUUCUAUCCCACUUUUCCUGGCUUCGAAGUGGCGGACUGGACAAAGGAAUUGUUUUGGGACCUGCCGCUUUUCCUAUACGACUGCACUCCUAUAAAAUUUCAAUCAAAUUCAAAUAGACACUGGUUCCCAAGAAUGAGUAUUUUGGUUACUGAGCAAUCCUUCAUUCAUAUUCAUGCCCCUGUUCAAACACACAUACCUAUUCGGAUUUCGGAAAGGCCUACUAUGAACGAAAUCGCGUUAACUAAAUUUUGUUCCACCUUAUUCCACAAAAUGUGUCCGUUAUCGUACCAAUGCAACGCAAAACAAUCCUGCUUUCGUGAAUAAAACUGGGCCACACCUUUCUUUCACAAACAAUUUGCUCUAAAAUCAAUCUGAAUAUUGCUUAUUCCACAGUUUUUGACUUCGGUUUAAUACCUUCUGAUGGCAAGCAACAAUAUAUGAACCGAAAACGUAAUGUAACAGAAAUGACAAUAGCAAUCAAUUAGUAUUUGCAAGCUUUUUGUGCUAUCUGGAUCAUGGUUUGUUCUCUUAAGACUGCAUCCCUCAACGCUACCCAUUUCGUCAAACGAAUCAAUUGAUAUUUUGAAGAUUUUCUCUCAUUUCGAGGCACUGUCUGUGAACAUCUAUUUACAUUUACACAAGGCUGAAAUCUCAUAUUUAUUUUCAAAAAUACAUUCGCUAGUUAUGAGAAAACCAGAUUGAAAGUGAUGAAUGUUGAAUUUCACUAAUAUGCAGAUUAUGUUACCAGUUUUAAAAAAAUGAUAAAUAUUAGUGACAAUAAAAGAACUCAAGCAUAUUUUCUUUGGCUCCUUUUUUCAACAUCGAUACACUUGUUUACUCUCAUAUAGAAGUAAUUUUAAUGGAACGUCAAAUCAAGCCAAAACUAUGGAAAAUUUCAUUCGAAGCCAUACAUUUAAUGACAGCACUGUACGAAGGUAAGAUUCAACGUUCAUACUUUCAAACGAAUCUUAAUGCAACGUUACCAUAAACAAGAUAAAAAAAAACAUCCCAUUCAUACACACGGUCCACUUGGCCUUUUCGUCUCAAAUCCCUCCAGGUUUAUUCAGCAUAUUUUCAAAAAUUACUUAACAUAGAAAAAACCAUAAUUAAGUGAAGAUAUUACGAAACGCAACCAAAAAUUUGAAUAAAACGCCAUUGACAAAAAAUGGAUAGGAAUACAACUUUACUAAACCAAAGACAUUUAGAUCUGAAACGCGGUAUUUUGCCAAUUUGCAAUAUCGGUAAACCCAUUAGCGGAGAUAGUAGUAACAGAACUUGUCUUGGUGGUAAAAAUGAGGAAAAAAUCAAUCCGAACGAUACAAAUACCGCCACUAAUGCAAUGCGCGGAUCAGAAGAAGUUAACCUACAAAAGAGACAACAACAGCCCAUUAGAAAACAGAAUUCAAUAAGCCAGGUACGCUUAUCUUUAAAAGAAAAACAAAACAAUUAAAAGAUUAAAAAGCGCAGGCUUCUAAUCGACAAACACGAAGAAAUUUCAAGAAAAUGAAUGCCGAAAACCAAAACCCAAAAACAGCAACUAAACUUUAUCGAAAACCAAAGGACAGUAAAACUGAAUAACAACCUUAGUAAAACCGUAGAGUGAAACGUGUAAGUCUCGACAGAACCCAAAGCUAGAGAAGAAAGGAGAGGUCAUGAAAACAAGUACGAAAUAAACAAAGGGAAAAGUGGUUAAAAUCUGAGAACAAAUGUGCACACGGAAAAGGAAAAAAAAAGUAAAUCUCACUGACAGCGCAAUACCGUCGGACAGAGAUAGAAGAUAAUGCGAGCGAUUGAACAAAUCAAACAAACAGGAAAACGAAAUCAAGCAAAGGUUAAGAAGGAUAAAACAUCGUAGUUUAGAGAGACAAAACAAACCAAACACUCACACAGACUCACACGAAAAAAAAGAACAGAGCAUUAACACGUGAAGCGAGAGGGAAGUAAUAUAGUGUAAUCACAAGUUAAAUAAUAAAUUAAAUAAAUUAUUAUUAUUAUUAUAUUAUCAAAA